CAACAAAUUGAGGGACAGUCGUGAAAAAGGAGAUAAGAAGCCGCAAAUAAUCCGCAGCUUGGGGACAAACAACAUCAAAUAAUGAGUUAAGCACAGGGUUUUGUUUGUCUUCACGGUGGUGAAAGUGCCUCGUCAGCGAUGACCGCCGAGGGGAAGACGGCCUCAGCCGUCGCCGCGGCGACCACGUUUCCCUUCGGCCGUGAGGCUGAAUCCUCCCUCCAGGACCUGUUCCGGUACUUCCAGACGGCUCUGCGGGAGGCCGAGUGGGAGCUGGCCAGCGCCUGCGUUCCCCAGCUGCUCGGUUCGCCAGCACUCUCCAAAAACCUGCGGGACAUCAUCAAAGCUAUUAUCUGCCAUCCGUACAGUUUAAAAUGGGAGACCGUCGGCAGCCCUCACAGACUGGCCUGGUUCUGGCUGCAGGUUCUGGAGAAAUGGACGGAAGAACAGGUUUCUCCUCACAUCCGCCGGGAGCUGGAGUUCCUGCUGCUGCUGGAGGAGCUGGGGUCGGAGGGCAUAUCGGAGGCUGCUCUUAAGGAGCUGCAACAAGCUUUCUUGGCUUCAGAGUCGGAGCGAGGAGCAACGGUCGCUGCGGUGGAGUCGUGUCUCUGGACGCUUCUGGAGAAGCAGAAGCCGAGACUCGCCCACACGUUGGCACAUUUCUUACAGGACCAGUCGGGCUCUGAGAGCCAUAACCUGCAGCACACGUUCAUCCAGCACCUGAUGAAGAAGCUGGAGAGACCGGAGAGGAGCCCGGAGAGGGCGGAGCGGUGGGUGGAGGAGGUGUACGCAGAGCUGGCUCUGGUCCCGGGGGGGUCCGGCGGCGGCCAGGUGGAGGCCCUGUGCGAGGCCCUGUGGGCGUCCAGAGACGGGCCCCUGAAGGAGGAGCGGGUCCUCAGCUGUCUGCUCCGGCCCCGGUCCCACGUCCUGGUCUCCACCUACUGCUGCACGGCGCUGAGGCUGCAGAGGGAUCACCUGCUGAGGAGCUCGCCGGAGACACGAGCGGACCUUCCUGAAGCGGAGAAACUUGCUCUCAGUCUGUGUUGCCACAAAGACCGUCCAUCUGCAUGGAGGUCCAUCUUCUUCGAGUGCCUUAGUAGCGGGAAACACUUCCUGGAGCAGGUCUUGGUGACGGCGCUGGACCUGGUCCGGCUGGAGGAGUUGGGCCGGCUGAAGGAGCUGCUGCAGCACGAGUUCCAGCCGCUCAGCCGCCUGCUGCUGCUGCUGGGAUGGACGCAGUGCCGCAGCCUGAGCUCGGCUCAGAUGCUGCUCAGCAUCCUCCACCGGGAGCAGGCUGCAGCCGGAGACUCGGUGCUGCAGGAGUUCGCUGAUCUGCUGUCGUCUCAGCUCGGGAUACUGGAAUGGUGCAAAGACAACAACCCCGGCAUUUCCACCGAGGCGUUGCUGGCGCAGCUGCACUCCCUGGACGGCCACUCGGCGCUCUACGUCCUGCACUCCCUCACGCCUCUGCCUCGGUUCGAGGAACGCAGGAUUUUAAACCUGCUACAACAGCAGCUGCCGGACCGACCAGAACCAGGAGACACGGAUGCAGCUGCUGCCCUGAACCCGGCCGUGCAGAGGAACGUGGUUCUGUUCCAGGGGUUCUGUGCCAUGAAGUACGCCAUUUAUGCGCUCUGCGUCAACUCACACAAGUACUCCAACUGCCGCGAGUGUGAGUUCCUGCAGCAGCAGCCUGCAGAAGGGGACCAGAACAACUCGGCGUCCUCAGACGGUUGCAGGUUUCUGUUCCAGCACUACCUGUCGGAGUGUCAGCUCUACCUGGAGACGGUGCCGGCGAUGCUCCGCCUGGAGCUGCUGGAGAACAUCUUCUCCCUCCUCUUCCUGUCCACCUCAGACUUCGCCCCGCCGGCGGCGAAGGAACCGGAAGUGAGGAAACAGAAGUCCGGCUCAGCAGCAUCGUCCCACCGCGGCCACCUGGACCUGGGCCACCUGGUCCGGGGCUGCCGGGGCUUCCUGGCCGACGUGGCAGCCGUGGAGGGGUUUCUGCGGCUGCUGAAGGAAAGCCUGGAGGGCAUGUGCGUGGUGGGCCAGCGGGACGGACCACUCCCGCCCCAGGAGGCUCUGGGCUGCUCCGUGACACCCGACACCUUCGGCCCCCGUCUGCAGCGGCUGUCCAAGCGCACGGCCGAGGCUCAGUGGAGGCUGCAGAUCGUCACCAGCAACCACGGCGUCGGAGACGGUUCUGAAGGUCCGGUCCAGAUGUCGGGGUUGGGCUCCACCGCUGCUCCUCCGGGACGCAGCAGGGGCUCCAGUCUGAGGAAGAGGAGGAAACCAGGGAGACACGCGGCAGAGAGGCAGACGUCCACGGAGAAGCACAACGGGGAGGUCAACACCAGCGCGUCAGAUGGUGGCGCUGGUCCGGCUGCAGGAUCCCCAGAACUGGAGUUCUGCCCGUGUGGGGGUCCACACAGCUGGCUGGUCCCGGCCAUGCUGUCUCCUCCAGAGUCCCUGCUGGUGUCCUGCAUCCGCCGGGGGAACUUCAUGGAGGCGCAUCAGGUGUCGGUGGUCCUGGACCUGGCCUCAACGUCCUGCUGCGGGGAGCUGGUGUUCAUGGAGCGGUACCAGCAGGUCCUGGUGGAGCUGGGCCAGGUGGAGCAGAAGAUGGAGAGCCGGUCCAUGUCGUCGUCCUCCUCGUCCUCGGAGGGCCUGGGGGGCCUGGGGGGCCCGGUGGGGGCCCCGGGGGCCCCGGCAGGUCCAGGGGGGACCCCGGGUCCAGGUCCAGGUCCAGGGAGGACCCGGCUGGGCAGCAGCGGACGCUCCACCCUGCAGGCCAUUGGCAGCGCCGCGGCUGCAGGCGUGGCCUUCUACUCGGUGUCGGACAUCGCCGACCGGCUGCUCAGCACGGCGUCCCAGCCGCUGCCGUCGCUGGAGGAGGAUUACUGGCUGGCCCGCCGCCCCCCCAACGCUCCGGCCCUGCCGGCCGCGCUGCUGGAGCAGCUCAGCCCCGCCGCCAUGGCCGCCUUCGACCUGGCCUGCUGCCACUGCCAGCUCUGGAAGACUUCGCGGCAGCUGCUGGACACGGCGGAGCGCCGGCUGGGCUGCAGCCUGGAGGCCAGAGGAGUGCGAGCCGACCCUAAGGUGCCCCACACCGAGGGCAUCUGCGGCUUCCCCGCGGUGUUACAGCGGAUCAGCAGGAUCCUCAACCACUCGCCGUCUCCCAAGGCCGGCUCUGGCGAGGACCCGGCGUCCGCCAGCCCCUUCGGCUGCUGCAUCCAGGACGUGCUGCUCUGCUGCCACCCCACGCUGAGCCAGGAGUGCAUCGCCUCGCGGCUCGGCCUGAGCCAGCGCCUGGAGGAGACCGUGCUGGGCCUGAGCGCCGCCACCAGCGGAGCAGAGGGCAUCGUGGGUAGCGGCCUGCUGGCGCUGCUGGUGGAGCAGGCUGGUCUGAAGCAGGCGGAGCUGGACGCUCACCCCGUCCGCUCCGGCAUGAAGCAGCUGCUGCGCUCGCUGGACCAGCUCUGCCCCUUCGAGCCGGACGGAGACCUGGCCAGACCCGACUACGUACGCAGCUUCCUGGACUACGUCAACACGCUGGCGUCGGUGCUGGUGCGGAGCCUCGGCUCAGACGAACAAAGCGCUGAGGUGAAGCUGGGGAAUCCGCUACUGGUUCUGCUUCAGCCGCCGUCUCAGCUGCUUUCACACCUGCUGUUCGACAGACAGGUCUCUCCUGACAGAGUUUUGUCGCUGCUGCAGCAGGAGGGUUUGCGGCUGAGCGUCCAGCAGGUGAUCGUGCAGCGCUGCUGCGAGGCUCUGCCGGUGUGGAGCUCCGGCCCUGGAGACGCCAGGGGGGAGACCGGAGAGACCAGUGAGGCCGGAGAGGCCGGAGAGGCCGGCAGUGGGGAAGCCGGAGAGACUGGAGACUCUGGAGACGCCGGCGGGCCCUUUAGCGUGGCCGCCCUGGCCCUGCUGCUCCAGCAGCACCUCCAGGACCUCGGGCCGGUCCUGGGCCUGGCGGAGCCUCCGUCGGAGGGCAGCUCUGAGUCAGAGGUUUCCACGGAGGACCGCUCCACCACGCCCACCAGCCUCUCCACCUCCCCCCCUUCCUCCUCCUCCCUCUCCUCCCUUUCCUCCUCCUCCUCCUCGUCCUUCCUCCUCACGGCAUCGGCCCUGUCCUUCCUGAAGUCGCGCUCCCCCCUGCUGGCGGGGCUGGCCUGCCUGGGCGCCUGCCGGGGCGAGGCCGCCCGGGCACCGCCCUCCGGCUGGUCCGGCUACUUCCGCAGCAGCGGCCGCAGAGACGCGGCGCUGGACGGCGAGCAGAUCUCACGGGAGGCCGACGGCCUCCUGAAGGAGUUCCCCGUCCUACGGGCCUACCUGCACACCAUGGCCGGGCCGGUCCUGGGCCCCAGCUCGGGUCCCGGCUCGGGGGACGGGGAUGAGACCCCCGCCGGACUGGUCGUUGGGAAACCUCUGGUCGGCCUGCUGCUGUCCGGGCCGCAGGACGAGGCGGCGCAGGCCGCCGCCGCCGAGGCCUUCAGGGACGCCCUUGCGACCCGGGACCUGGGCCGGGCCCUGCGCCUGCUGGAGCUGUACGGGCCGGGCUGCAGCCAGCAGGGGGCGCUGCGGGACCGGCUGCUGGCCGCCGCCGCCCUGGAGGGUGGAGACGCCGGCAUGGGGCAGCUGUUCCGGGUGCGAGACCCGGACCUGCGAGCCCGGGUGGCCCUGCAGGCCCUGGAGCGCUGGCCUCUGUCCGGCUGCCUGGAGCUGCUGGAGUUCUGCCUCAACGACCCGGACACGGACGCCUCGCUGAGGACGGAGCUGGAGCUCAAGCAGCAGGAGCUGAGCAUCUACCACAGGAUGGCUGCGCUGCGUCCUCCUCUGCCCUGGGCCUCCUGGCAGGAGCUGAGAACAGAGUCCCAAACCAACCCCGAAUCCGUGUUUUCCAUGAUCCUGCAGACCAAAGAGUUUGGUCUGUGUGGACGCUGGGCCGAGCUCUACCCCGUCUCCGAGCAGCUUAGGCUGCAGCUGCAGACGGAGCAUCUGCUGCACCUGCUGGAGGCAGGACAGACGGACGAAGCCUUCCAGCUGCUGGAGGCCGUGUCGUCCUGGCCCGUGGGCCUGGAGGUGUGUGAGCGAGCUCUGGACCGCCGGCCCGGCCUGGCCGCCUGCCACUUCCUGUCCGACUACCUCACCCUGCACUUCCAGACGCAGGUGUCUCCGGCACGACGCCGGCACAUCCACGCCCUGCACCUGGGCUCCAAGGUGCUGCUGACUCUCCCCCCGGCCUCCCGGCAGGAUUACUUCCCCCUCCUCUCUGAGCCGCUGCUGAUGCUGGAGCAGCUGCUGAUGAACCUGAAGGUGGACUGGGCCGAGGCGGCGGUCCGGACCCUGCGGAGCCUGCUGGUGGGCCGGGAGGCCGGCUUUGGGUCCGAGGAUGUGGACCAGCUGCUGGACGACUACGCCUGCAAGGCCCUGGACUUCUCCUGCGCCCCCAGGGCCCGGUCCCGCUCCGCCUCUGUGAUCAGCCUGCAGGACGUUCUGACGCAGUGUCCCGCACAGGAGAGCAGCUCUCAGUCCUCCAGCCGCAUCGAGUCCCCAGCGUCCUCCACCAACAGCACCCCGAGCCACAAUUCCUCGGCCGGCAGCAGCGACAAGGAGAAGGACCGAAGUUCUCUGGGGAAAAAACGCCGCUCGUCCGCCAAGUUCCAGCCCCCCGAGCAGCCGCCGGCCCGCAAGGACUGGGUCCCCGACACCCACCGGGACUUGUGCAUGGUCUGCCAGCGCGAGAGGUUCACCAUGUUCAACCGGCGGCACCACUGCCGGCGCUGCGGCCGGCUGGUCUGCCAGGCCUGCUCGGAGCGGACGAUGCAGGUGGACGGAUGUCCGGAGGAAGAGGUGCGGGUCUGCGACCAGUGCUACGCCUACUUCAACCCAGAUUCUGAUAACGAGCUCGAACCUGCUGAAGCGGCGGGGAGCCCCGUCCCCACGGCAGAGGCUCUGGACGGGAUGCUGCACUUGCCGGAGGUCGUCCACCACCAGGUCCAGCUCAGCACCAGCCCGGCGGAGAACCAGCUGCUGCGGGCCGAGUUCUACUACGAGCAGGCGCCCAGCGCCUACCUGUGCGUGGCCGUGCUGGCGCUGCACAGCGACCAGGCGGCGUGCGGCCGCCGCCUCAUCGAGCACUGCCGCGCCCUCUCCAGGAAGCUGACCAACCCCGAGGUGGACGCCUGCCUGCUCACGGACAUCAUGCGGCAGCUGCUGUUCAGCGCCAAGCUGAUGUUCGUCAAGGUGGGACGCAACCAGGACCUGGCCGUGUGCGACAGUUACAUCAGCAAGAUAGACGUGCUGAAGAUCCUGGUUUUGGCCAAUUACAAGUACAUUCCCUCCCUGGACGACAUCGUGGAGACGUCGGAGGUGACGCGACUCCGUAACCGUCUGCUGGAGGCGGAGCACUACCAGCUGGCCGUGGAGGUGUCCACCAAGAGCGGCCUGGACCCCACGGGCGUCUGGCAGGCCUGGGCUCUGGCCACGCUGAAGGCGGGGAACCUGUCGGGGGCCCGGGAGAAGUUCAGCCGCUGCCUGAAGGCCCCGCUGGAGCGGAACCAGCUCAGCCUGGGCCCGCCCCUGCUGCAGGAGAUCGUCCAGCACCUGGAGGCCUCGGUGCGGCCCGCACCCUCGCCGAGUUACGGCGAGGACAUCCUAGCGUCUCUCCGGGAGUUGGAGGACGCCCUGGCCGAGGUGGUUCCUGCGGAGCGGCACGAGGGCCCCCACCAGGGGGGGCCCCAGGGCGGCCCCCACCAGGAGGUGCUGUACUACCUGCACACCUACGGAACCCACCUGGCGCUGGUCGGGUUCUACAUGCGCCACGACGGCAUGGCGGAGGCCGUGGCCUUCCUGCUCAACAAGGACUGCCCCGAUGACGUGUUCCUGGAGGGGGUCCUGCAGCCCAGCCUGGAGCGGGGCCGGCUCGGCGCGCUGCAGGGCGUCCUGGAGAAGCUGGACCCGGGCCUGGACUCGUGCAGCCGCUACCUCAUCGCCUCCUGCCAGUUCCUGCAGCGGCGCGGCUACUUCCACUCGCUGUACCAGCUGCAGCAGUUUAUGAUGGACCACGUUCGCGCCGCCAUGACCUGCAUCAGGUUCUUCACCCACGGUGCCGGAUCCUACCUGCAGCUGGGCGAGCAGCAGCGCUGGCUGGUCCGGGCCAAGGAGCACCUGAGGACGUUCCUGCAGGAGCAGCAGGGCCGGGCGGCCGGCAGGAGGAGGUCGUCGGUCAGCUCCUUCAGGAAGACCAUGUCCUCCAGCGACGUGUCCAGGCACAUGAACACCAUCGAGCUGCAGCUGGAGGUGACCCGGUUCCUGCACCGCUGCGAGUCGGCCGCGGCCCCCAACGCCGGGUCCCCCGGGGCCUCUGGGGCCCCCGGGGCCUCUGGGGCCCCCGGGGCCGGACCCCCGCCCACGCUGUUCGGGGGGAGCCCCAUGAAGGUGGAAGUCGCCUGCAAGACGUUGCUCGGAGGCAAAAACAUCGAGGAGGGGUUCGGCAUCGCCUACCGGGUCAUCCAGGACUUCCAGCUGGAGGCCCAGGCCGUGUACGUGCGGGCGGGGCAGCGGCUGGUCCGCCUGCGGCAGUUCGGCGCCGUGCGGCAGCUGCUGAAGUGCGUGGGCGAGUCGGGGACGGCCACCAGGGGCGACUGUGACGCCCUCCUGCUCAACCUGCUCUCCGUCGCCGACAAGGGACCGGCCGACGCGAAGGAGCUGGAGACGCUGAUCCUGGAGAUCCGGAGCGCCGAGAACAAGAUCAAGGCGUACCUGGCGUGCGGGAAGCUGCGGCCGGCGUACCUGCUGGCGGUGAAGCUGGACCCGGGCCGGGCCGGCCCGCUGGUGCAGGACGUGCUCCGGGCCGCCGAGCAGGCCGGCGACUCGGUCAUGCAGAACAUCUGCGGCCAGUGGCUCUCCGAGCACGACGGCAAGGGCCGCGCCGGCGCCCGGUGAGGGACGGUUACCGCGGCGACGGAGCGCCCGGUGAGGGCCGGUUACCGCGGCGACGGAGCGCCCGGUGAGGGCCGGUUACGGCGGCGACGGAGCACAGAGGAGCUGCAGCCGAGGUGGAAAUGAAGGAGAGGAGAAUCUGACAGAACCAGGAGAAGCUGAC